UGCACUCGACUUGACACUAGUUCCGCAAAGAAAAAAAACUGCCAGUAGCCUACAGCCCUCCCUUACAUUCAAUAUCUGACAUCGACUAGUGAUUACCGUACGCAUGGAAAUUGGCACAGUUCGGCAGAGUUGAAGCUAAGCACAGCCUGCACCUAUCAGUUUUAACAUCAGAUAUGAGUAGGUUGUGGAUGUGCUAAUAGCCUGGUAGCAAGCUCACCUGUUAGUGUUGUGACGGUGAUGGAGAAUAUUGAGCAGGCUUCGCCCCUCCGGAUCACCCCUACUGUCGGGGCGCUGAGCUCCGCACUACGGGGGAAGCAUGAAAAUGUCCCUGAUUUCAGCCGGGGGAGCGGCGACAGGAUCUUUCCUGAACCAGAGAAGCUUUGGUUCAAGGAGAGCAGCGCUAAAAACCUGCGUAACAGAGACUUCUUGUCGCCGACCACGAUGCUUGCCACGCUGUAUGCGGAUGGACAGGUCCCUCCAGCAGUGAUGUCCAGGGUCCUGUCUCUCCGUGGCACUGGGGUUCUGCCUGUGGCGGGCGGGGAGGUAAUGGGUGAGGGGUUGAGGGUGAGGGUCGAUCGGGCCACAGCCUUCAAGGCUGUCCUGGCAGGUGGAGCCACAGAAUACCUGAAGCCAUCAAGUCAGAAGCAAGGCUGCAUGGUGAUCAACUGCCCCGCACUUCACCCUAAACCCAACACACAAACUCCUGAUACACUGACUCUGGGCCAUCUGAGGACUGUUUUGUUGGCUGACCACAUGGGGGUGCUGUUGAGAAGACAGGGAUUUGUAGUGUCGUAUUGCCCCACGCUUCCCGAAGACAGCGACAUCAUCACCUUUCUCCGAGCUCUGGGCAUUGAUUGGCCGACUGCCCCAGCCAACUGGAACAACGAAGAGCGGGAGGUGAAGAUUCAGGAAGCGCUGGAGAACUCCCCGUACAGAGAGAGGGAAACUGAGAGAGGCAAGAGGACCAGUGGAGGAGGAGGGAGGAAAGUCGAGGAGGGGGAGAAUGAGGGAGCACUCAAGGUCAACCUGAAACGAGUGUUCCAAGAGGAGGGGCUGCUGGGAUAUGACCCCAGCCUUGGUACUAGCACAGUACACAGAGACAGUGUUUCCCACCUGGCACAACUGGACCUCGCCACAGCUGAGUGCACAGUAGCCAUGGUAACAGUGUUACAUGUGACUUCCUGUCAGGAUGAGUUCCGCCAGCAGCAGGUAGCAGUGCUGUGGAGGGCCAGUGGAGCGACACAUACACAGAGACAUCUGGUGUGUGGGCCUGUGAAGACUCCUGGUUCUCACCUCAGUGCUGCACAGUACCUACAGCUGAGAAGAGGUCAGAUGAAGGAGGCUUCAGAGAUGAAGUAUGGAGAUCAAGUAGAAGGUCAGACGUGGGAUGACAUCAUCAGGGUCAUGACCUCUGCUACUGUGAGAUUUGAGCUGCUGUCAACGGUCCACACCAGUCCUGUGACACUGGAUGUCCAGAGGGAAGGGGGGGUGUCCACCAAAGGGCCAAGAGGAGGAGUGUUUGUGAUGUAUAACUGUGCCAGACUGCACACUCUGUUCGACAGCUACGAGAGAGGAGUAGAAAAAGGUUUAUACCCAGAAAUCCCUGAAGGCUCCAAACUAGACUUCUCUGCUCUGAAAGAAGAGGGCGAGUGGCUUCUACUGUUCAAUUAUCUCAUUCCGUUCUCCGAGCUGCUGGACCAAUCGGGCCAAGCGUUAGACUGCGAAGGGGGAGGAGCCAGAGUGAAUAUUAAGACUGAACAGAUCUGUAAAUUCCUUGUGUCUCUAAGUAAAGACUUCAGCUCGUACUACAACAGAGUCCAUGUCCUGGGGGAGCCGUUGCCUCAUCUCUUCAACCAGAUGUUUUGUCGUCUGUAUCUGUUAAGAGCGUUAAGAGAGCUCUACCACAGUGCUCUGGACACCCUUAACCUACCCCCCAUCAGACAGCUAUAGCUUUGACGAAAGUCAUCCUGUGAUCACGCUUAGCCCUACCUCCCCACUCAUUUCAUCUCACACAAACACUCACUUAUGUUUUGUAAUUGUAACUUCAUCACACACACACACUUCAUUUAGCAAUGAAAAUGUAUUCAGCUAAGACAGACUUCCCUCCUCCCUUCACUUCCUUCUUUCCCUUACCUUUCCCUCUUCUGGGCAAUGUUACAAUACAGUCCGUGGCUGCCAUAGUCAAUUAUGAUACAUUGUUUUACCUACCCACUAUAUAGCUUCUACAGCUUCUACUUUUCAGUCAGAUUUCUGUAGCUGGACAUACUGUAACUGUUAAAAUAGGAUGUCAUUACUUGUAAAUCAUGUAAUGUGAACUCAGUAAACUCAAGAUCAAGCUAAACUGGUUGGAUUGAUUUUCCUAGAAAAUCUGAGUUGUUGGUAUGUUGUUAAAGAAAUCGAGGGGAAGUACACGUAUAUUUUCUUACUGAGAGUUUGAAGAGAAGUCUGAUACGACUAUGAUGUAUGUAUGGUAAAUAAAUAUGAAGGUACCCCAAGCAGUCGUUUAGCUUUGCUUAGUAUAGAGACUGCAAACGGGGAAACAGCCUGGCUCUGUCCAAAGGCACCAAAAUCCGCCUAGAGGCACCUCUAAAGCGCACUACUUAACACAUUAUAUCCUAUUUCUACAAAAACCUGGAGACUCCAGGAAAUUAAUGGUCCCAGUUGAGAAAUAGUUUUUUUGCUAAUAGGCGAAUGUUGUUACCUUUUGGACAGAACCAGUCUAACUGUUUCUCCUGCUUCUAGCCUUUAGGCUCAGCUGCUUAUGUUUGCGCUGCUAUAUGUCAGUCUCAUUUUUCCCAAAUUCCCGUAUUUCCCAAAAUGUAAAACUAUUCCUUUGGAUUAGUUUCAAAAUGUGGAUGGAGAAGAUUCCUCUCUCAUAACUGUUUCAGGCAUCAGAAUUUUUAUAGCUAAAUUUGCUUCAGUUAGUAAGAUGGGAUGCUUUUUUUUCUGUUGUAAUUUAUGCCCUUUGACCUAACAGCCCACAGAACUGAACUUUGGGACUUUUACUAGGAUUUUAGUGCCAAAAGCCCACCAGUAGUCAAGACACCCCAACUAAACUGUCAUUAUUAUCACAGUACCCUCCUAUAAGUGUCUUAGUCAUUGGCUUUUUUGGCAUUUUUUACUUUGUUACUGUUGAACGUCCCAUUUCAUGUAUCUAAUCCACUUUAUCAAUGCCACACAAAUAUUUAAUGUCUGUUAAAAAAGAGAUCCAUUAGUCAGAGCCCUCCAAUAAGUCACAGUUAUCCUACUUGACAAAUCACAAAUGUUCACUAUCAAACGACAUUUAUUAGAUGUGACAGAUUUUGUUGAAAAAAACAUACAUUAAAAUAAAUGCAUACAUUUAAAGCAUUGUGCCAUAACUUUAGGAAAUGCAUGAAAUGGCAUGAAAAUUAUAUAUAUAUAUAUAUAUAUAGAGUUGUAUGCCAAAUGUUAUUUAUUAAUUUUGGUAGGGGAAAAUAAUUGUCUAAAUGCUAAAUAGAUCCUUCAGUAUCUCUGAAAUGUGUAGUGUUGCCACUUCAUUUGAGUACUGUCUGUUUAAAAUGUGCCAUAGCUUGCUUUAACUUUGUUUCACUUAAUUUUGUAAGUUUUUUUUUUCGUUGAAUAUUAAUAAGAAUAAUAUAACAACAUACGCUCACUUCAAACACUUCUCACGGCAUGAAAUGUGUGUUUGAUCCCUACAAAUGUUGCUUGUCCCUGAAUAUUAUAUUAUAUGGAAUAUGUACUUUAUUUUAUUUACUGUAGAAAAGGGAAUGCUGAUUUAUUUACAGUGACCGUGUCAUUUUAACCACUGCUGAAAUUAACAGUAUUAAUGCAGAAGAGAUGCAGAAUAAGGGACUUAUUUUUUCCUACCUUGUACAUUUCACUGUAUCUGUAAACAGACGUACUGUAUGUGAUAGAUCGCUUUCUUGUAGCCAUUGGAGUGUUUCUCUUGUUGCCAUGUUUUUACCCCUUAGGCCUCAAUGUCUCUGACCUUCUCCCAUCUCUCAUUCUUUUCUUUCUCCUCUUUGCCAUCCUAACUGCAAUCUCUCUGCUAAGAGGCCUCAUGUCCCUUUAUUUUGUACUGUAUUAUGUAUUCACAUACAGAGCUUAAGCCUGUCUGUCCUAAUUUUAGUACCACUGGAUUUGGAUCUUGUGAUAUGAAGGAUUUACAGCUGGAAACCAGACCCCAAUUACUCAUUUAUUUAACAAUAAUAUUAAAUAAAAAGUCAUUUCAGCAACCAUGCACAAGCUGGAAACAUUUACAUCAACUUUACUGGACAUUCCUUCCUAUCCUGAAAGCCCUUCAGUGUAUUUGCCCAUGUGAAUAUAAAGCAUACGGUCACACUCUGACACACAUCUGUCCACCUACAGUUUCUGUGUCUUUCCUGACUUCAGAAUUAAAAUAACCAUGACAGAU